AUAAUAUAACUGAUAACAUCACACGAUUAUAAUUUAUAAUAACAACAAUUAUUCACAAACUUGAAAGUUUCAAGUUGAAACUGUUAAAAUGAAUUUCUUCCGUUCUUCGUCAAUCCUCAAAUAUCGUAAUUCAUAAUAUAGUAAUUAGUAAUAGUUAGAUCGCCUGUUCGUGUGACCGUGUAACGAUGGGUGCUACGGCGGCGAACGAACCAAAAUCGGAAAUCUCCAAUUAUGUCAAGUUGAACAUCGGUGGGUCGUUGUUUUAUACGACUGUGACAACGCUUUCAAAACUCGACUCAAAGCUACGCGAUAUGGUAUUGUCAGAAGUGGCACAAAAUGCUGAAACAUUAGAAUCGGAAGGUUGGGUGUUUAUUGAUCGUUGUGGAAAACAUUUUGGCACCAUACUCAAUUUCCUGCGAGACGGUUCUGUACCAUUACCCGAAACGUGCGUUGAAAUAUCAGAAAUACUAGCCGAAACCAAAUAUUACGGCAUCUCAGAACUGCACGAUGCAUGCGAACAGGCGUUACAGAAGAAAAGAAACCGGAAUACAAACAUAACAUGGGUCACAUUGAUAACAUCCCAGAAUGAAGCCCAGAAACUGAUAUCAGUAUCAUCGAAGCCGGUGGUGAAAUUUGCAAUUAAUCGUCACAACAACAAAUAUUCUUAUACAGGGGCAUCUGACGAUAAUCUAUUGAAAAACAUUGAACUGUUUGAUAAACUGGCAGAAAAACAUAAAGAACGUGGUCUAUUCAUUAAAGAUGUUAUUGGAUCAAAUGAAAUUUGCUGUUGGACGUUUUAUGGUCCUGGGGGAGCUGUAAAAAAAGUUGCUGAAGUGUGUUGCACUUCAAUAGUAUAUGCUACAGAUAAAAAACAUACAAAGGUGGAUUUUCCAGAGACACGUAUCCUGGAAGAGACCAUGAAUGUCAUGUUGUUAGACACGCGAAUCAAUAAAUCUGUACAAGAACACGAACUGAUAGAAGCCACAUCUAGUUUAAAUGGCAAUUGUCGUUGUUCGUGUUCAAGUCAGUGGUCAGAUGUACAAUGGGAGAAUAGUACUGCCAGCACAUUAGAACACAACUGAGCACUAUAGCACACUAACUUUCAGUUGUAAACUGUGGCUGUUCACUUUUAUACAAUUAUCAUUUAACAAUAUUUUUAUCAUUGAAAAAGGUUUAAACUAAAAAAAGUUCCCUUUAAAUUGCUGAUCAUUAAUGCAAAUUAUAUCUUAGUGUUAUCUUGUACAAGUUGUAUUUAUUUUGUUGAAGGUUGUUAGACUAAUGAUCUAGAUCAGUGGUUCUAAACCGCUAGUCUGCGAACCGACGCCGAUAC